AUUGAUGACCGAGAGUGGCACGUCCAGCGAGGCCCACCGGCUGCGAGGAGCGGAAAACGGAAGAACUCGACACGGCGCAGGCGACGUCUAAGAACCGGAGCGGCAGUCGAGGAAGAAGUAGAAGAGGUAUCGUUUCCGGAGAGUCAUCUUCGGUUUUCCGGCGAGGCCGAUUCUCUUCCCCAACCGCCGCCAUAAAGAAAGUUGGGAACUCAAUUACCCUCCGAUUGCCGAUAAUAGUUCCAGGUCAAAAGGGAAUUCUGCGGAUCCUAAUUCGAAUUGGAGCGGGAAAGGGAUGAGAGGCUUGAACGGAAAACAAUAAUUCGGAGGACGAAGGAUGAAAUUGAAUCUCUUUAGCUUCUUCUGAUUGUAGUUAUACUGUACAUGGCCAAUCCUGAUUCUCAACGUCGCUGUGUUUUUGUUGGGAAUAUACCAUAUGAUGCUACUGAGGAGCAGCUAGUUCAAAUCUGUGAGGAGGUUGGCCCUGUUGUUUCCUUCAGGCUAGUUACUGACAGAGAAACUGGAAAGCCCAAGGGUUAUGGAUUCUGUGAAUACAAGGAUGAAGAAACUGCCCUGAGUGCUCGCCGUAAUCUCCAGGGAUAUGAGAUCAAUGGUCGCCAAUUAAGAGUUGAUUUUGCUGAGAAUGAUAAAAAUGCUGACAAGAAUCGUGAACAAGGCCGUGGUGGACCUGGUAUGGUUGCAGGUGCUGAUCCACAAAGACAUAUUGGGGGACCAGCUGCUCUUGGCAAUUCAAGUUUACAUCAGCCAAUUGGACAUGCAGUAGCUACCACUGCUGCUACUGUCAUGGCUGGAGCUCUUGGAGCUGCUCAAAUGGGUAGCUCACUGACGCAGACAGGUUUACAUAAUCAGUUUGGAUCUGGCAUUGAUCCUUUGUCACUUUAUCUUUCCAAAAUGUCAAGGAGUCAGCUGUAUGAAAUUAUUUCUGAUAUGAAGGCUAUAGCAACACAAAACAAGGAACAAGCUCGCCAAAUAUUACACACAGUUCCUAACUUAUCUAAAGCAAUUUUCCAGGCACAACUAAUGCUGGGAUUGGUUACUCCUCAAAUGUUACAGAUGCCUAAUAUUCGGCAGUCCUCUGUUCCUCCACCUCAUUCCAUAUUGCCAGACAGUCAUCGCAAUCAACAGCUUGCAGUUCGAACACUCCCUGGGAUACCUCCCCCUCACAGUUCUUUGGCCCAGACACGACCUCAGGUUCAGCUUCCACAAUCAGCUGAAAACAACAUUUUGCAGCAUGGGCGAUUGCCAAUACAUUCUGGAGUUCAAGCUAUUCCAUCUAUUCGCCCACAGGGUAAUUUGACUGCUACCCUGCCGAUUCAAGUUGGCACUUCCACUUCCUCUUCUUUGAAGCAGCAAAUGCAUCAUCCUUUGUUACCUCAAGCAGGGCUUGUUCCUUCUGCUAAUUUGGCAUAUACUAGUCAACCUGCUGCACCAAAUGCUGCACUCCAGCCUUCAUUGGCAUGCCCACCAGCAACAGAAAAAGUUUUUCAGCAAGGCUCUUCGGCAGUGUCUACUCCUCUGGACAACAUUAUUAAGGGAACCCAAAUUGUUGCUAACAAUUCUGCUUGGCUCAAUAAAACAAUUCCACCUUCAGGUUUGCCAGAGAGAGCUAGAGUCCCAAAUGAUAGUAUAGAUGCGAUGAAUCGCCCAUCAAAGUUGUCAAAACUAAAUGAUGGAAGGAGUUCCUAUUCACCAGCUGAAUUAAAUGUUGGUACCUUGGUAACGAGGCCUUCAAGGUCAGCUAGCUUAUCUGGAAAUCAAAUUUCCGGAUCAGAAGAGGCUUCUAGUUCUGAGAAGCCUGCUCUUCAGAUAACCCCAGAUGUAGAGUCUGCCUUAUUGCAGCAAGUGCUGAGUCUCACGCCAGAACAGUUAAACUCAUUGCCCCCGGAUCAGCGACAACAGGUCCUUCAGCUUCAACGGAUGCUUCGGCAGCCAACAUAGGCCAAAGGACCGAGAGUUCGGAUCCCCAGUUAUCAGUGAGCUGCUCUUCCACUCAUCCGAACAAAUAUCGAAAAGGGGUCAUCAUCAGCAGCCACUGCACAAAGCAGAAA